AUGUAUCCAGGAAAACCACUUAUAACCAAAGUCAUCAUGAGUGCGUUGACAUUUAUCCUUAUAUUGGCGUGUGAACUCGGCAACGGUCUAAUGUUCGCUGUGAUUGCUCGGUUUAAGUCGUUACGAACAAUUCAGAACAUCUUGAUCGCCAAUCUUUGUCUGGUGGAUUUUCUAAGUGCAGUUAUAGCCUUUACUAUGUAUAUGAUUUACACAGUUUUAGAGGCUGGUUGGUUUAGGGGCAAAGCAUUAGGAAUUCUCACAUGCGGUUUCGAUCGGCUCUUUGCGACACUAAAUCUACUUUCUAUGCUCGUCAUUUUGGUAAACAAGUACCUGGCAAUUUCGUAUGGUUUUAAGUAUCUUGCUUGGAAAACAAAGACGAAUGCAGUCAUCUGUAUUUCUCUCGUUUGGUUUGUCAGUAUUAUUUCGACGGUCUCAUCCUUGAUCCUGCUUUCCGACAUCAAUCUUGGUGAUGCGCAUGUUAUUCACUACAGAACUGAGAUCUUUAAACAAGGAAAACUCUUCGUCGCUGCUACAAGAGCGUUUUUUGUCUCCUUUGCAGUAAUACUGUCGUGCUUGACAGCUCGUGCAAUACAGAUGGAGAAAAAAAAGGUACCAAAUUAUGUUUGUUUUGUUUUGUUAAUUGUCAUUCACUGUCAUUUAUGUAUUUUUGGAAUCAUCUCACGGAUGAUGGACGCGGGUAUAUCUGCCCGAGAGGAAUCGAAUUGGCCAAAUAGUAGCUUUAGAUAAUUAUGCAAGACUUUCUCAUAAUAAAACGAAGAAUCAAUAGUGACAUCAUAAAUGCAUCUGUCCUCCAAUAAUAAAUGCGUGCGUAAUAUAACUUAUUAUAUCAUCCAAAUCUCUAACCCAGACCCUAUCGUUUAACUGCCACUGAAAUGUAGGCUUGGCCGUGGAAGGCGUGGGUACGACACUAAUAUUAUCCAUGAUAGCAUAAAAAGGAAUUGUUGCAUAACCAGUAUUUAUUUUUUGCAGAGGGGAGUGAUGAACCUAUGUGCUACGCAGGCCGUGGCUCGACUUAAACAGGACCUAAAAGCCAUCAAAACCAUCUUCAUUACAAUAGCUGCAUAUUUAUUCUGCCACAUUCCAGUCGUUGUGUUUGCUACCAUAGGUCUUCAGGAAGUGAACCAGGCUCAAAUGUGGUUUGCAUUCAUUGCUUGGUAUUGUGCUUACUUCUCGAGCGCUGUUAACCCGAUUAUAUACUAUACUCGUUUACCUCGAGUCCGAUGUGCCGUCAAGCAGUUUCUUAAAGAUCCCUUUGGA